AUGGCAACCGCCGCAGAUGCCAUUGUUUUGUCCUCAUCCCCGGACCCUCCUACGCGUACCCCUAAAUGUACUUUGAACGAUGCCGACAGGCUUUUGGAGACAUCGCCACUGGAUCAAACGCCACUGUCAGUACCGUCACUCGCAGAUGUCUUCCGCCCGCCUUCGCGAUCCCGAUUCUUCGCAGAUGCCAGUGUGGCCGACAAACCAGCCAGGAAAAAGCGUCAGCCGGCGAAAAAAUCCGAUACAACAGAUCCGGACGCUACCAAAGCCCCCGCCAAACCGAGACAAAGGGCGAAGAAGACUACGAAAGAGCAGGAGCCAAAGUCGGCUGCACUAGGAGACCUCGAGACGGGAGCUUUGGAUUCAAGGGAUAAUACGGCGAAGAAGGCGGCACCUUCGAAAAAAGCUGGCGCGCGGACAAGCAAAAAGGCCAAGGAAACAGGGAACAUGAAACUGACCGGCAAGGUUACCAAGGCGAGCAGUGAACCGCAGGCAAAGAAGGCGAGCAAAGCCAGCAAGGAAUCAGUCUCCCAACAAACACCAGCAGUCGGGGAUAUCGAUAUUGGACAAACCAUUUCUCUGGAAGGAAACGAGCAUUUGCAAUUGGAGGAGGCAAUGGCUAGGCGACGUGACUGGACUCCUCCAAGGGAAUCCGGCCCGAAGGAUGUCACCACGAUGGAUGAGGAAACCGAGAGUCGCGAAGCAGGCCGAUUUGGGAAAUUACUGUGUGAUUACAAUUAUUCUGGACUCGAUUCAGAUACCCGCGAUAUACCUUUGAAUAUAGAUGGUGGAGGACCUACAAAACGUAGGCGAAUCGAGCUGGUGGACCCAGGACUUCAAGCGUUGACUUCCAGCAAAGCAGACCAAAGUGAUUCAUCCUCUGGCGCAAAAUCCAAAAAGAAACCCAGAACCCAGAAACGAUUUACGACUUUGACAGCCCGGAUGACCGCCCAAUAUACCGUAAAUGAGACGCCAGAUGAUGAUUUGAUGGAUGAUGUCGUCCCAGAUAUUAGCAAAGCGAAAUCUCGACGGAAAACAAAAUCAACGAACGAAGAGCCCGCUUUUACGGUUCUUUCGCCUGAAGCUGCUGUAAAGGCGUUGGAUGCGCAGGAUCUGAUAUUUGGAACAUGCAGCCAGCUUGAAAGGGAAGAGUCACCACAGACGUUGAGAGAUAUUCAGCGAGCGAUUCGCGAAUCUGAAAGUCUCGCUUCACCGGCAAGUGGCUGGAGCUCGGGACGCCAGACACCCAUACGCUCGGGAACUCGCCUGAUGGGCACCAAGAAUCUCUGGGGAGUUGCGGCUCGCGAUAUAAAUGGGUCUCUCGUUCGAGCAGCUGAAUUAGACUCGGCCGAUCCGACCGAUGUUUCCCAGGCAUCCAAAGAAAAGCAGAGCAAGUCUACUAGUCUAUCCACAGCUUUUGAGGAUGAUGAUUGGUUUGACCUUGACUAUGGAAGACGUGCUCCAUCAAAAAGCAUGACAACCUUGCAGCAGAAAAUCUUCGAGCCUGUUGUCGAUACCAAACAACUUCCUGUUACGGAAGUGCCCGUAGCAGAGGUACCCGUUGCAAGAGCGGCCGCUACAACGGUGCCUGUUACAAACGUUUCCCUCCCAGCUGCACAAAACCUCAAAGUAGUGAAAACCAGUCAACAAGCUGAUAUACAACCACUUUCUAUGCCGCAUUACCCCGGCUUCACGGAUGCCGAGCUUUCGAAGCAGGUUGCCGUGUUUGGGUUCAAGUCAAUAAAGGGUCGCAAGAAGAUGAUUGAUCUGCUUCAAAAAUGCUGGGAAUCUAAGCAUGGUAUUUCGAGUAAAUCUACCGAAGCCUCAUCACAAGCUCAAACUGCUCCUUUACAAACGACUGUGCAAAGCGCCCAACCAAAACCAAAACCAAAGGCGAAAUCUAAGCUCCUCGCUUCCGCGAAAUCAGCGCCAAUCGACAAACCUGCACAAGCAAAGUCUCGUGCUUUGGCAAGCCCAAAGAAGACACCGCAAAAAGCAGCAGGCACCGAUACUCCCCGGUCUUCAUAUAUAGAUGUGGAUGAAAUUCAAGACUCCGAAGAAGAGUUAUUUCUAUCUCCCAUCCGAGUUCAGCAGCGACACACAGAGAUACCACCAGCAAACCCACCUCAAGAGCAUACUUUGGACAUUGUGACCAAGGAAGCGCCCCAAUCCCCAACGAAACGUAAAACGACGACCAAACCCUCACGUUCUAAAGCAACAACAUCAUCUGUCUCCAAACUCAAGUCCAACACAGCAGUCUCAUCUGCGCGAAACAGCUUGCCAGAUAUUUCUGCUCAAAUCACCAAAGCCGUGCGCUUACAGGCAUCUCUCUCGCCGCAUUCCUCUUCAACCGGCAGUCGAAGUUGUCCAACAUGGCACGAGAAGAUGCUCAUGUUCGACCCCAUUAUAUUAGAGGAUCUUACGACCUGGUUGAAUGUCGAAGGCCUCGGUCUUGUUGAAGAAGAUCGAGAGGUCAGCUCCUGGGAUGUGAGGAAGUGGUGUGAGAGUAAAGGGAUAUGUUGUUGUUGGAAGCAAAAUGCAAGUUGGUGA